AUGGACUACGUCGUAACUAUAUUCGACGACCAAGACACCAGGCUACAAUACUUCGGUGAUUGGCUCAAGAAUAAUGGUGAUGAUCGACUCAAUUACCUCAACACCACGACAUACACCGGUUUCGCCGGGGCUGGCAUGGUAUUCAAUUUUACUGGAACAAGCAUAAGUGUUUACGGUCAAAUACCAAGGCAGACAUAUCUCAACUUCCCCAACCCCGUAUUGAACUACACCAUUGACUUUGGUGUGCCUUAUCAAUUCAUUGCCAUCUCGGGGAGAGAAGACAUGAAUCAGCAGCUAUUUUUCAGAGCCACAGGGCUGAGUUUGGGGGAGCAUACUUUGGUGAUCACCAACGAGGUGAACGAUGAUCUGCUGAUUCUCGAUUAUUUGGAAGUUGGGACAAGUGGUGGUGGCACUCAUUUCCUCAAGCUUCACGGCGACAGCAACUCACUACGCCACGGUUACGGCACUUCAAAUAUCAUCCGAAUCAACUACAACCCGCCUAGGUCCCCCACUAGGCAUUACAACAGGCGGCGCGAUCGCCGGGUCAAUGAUCAUCUCACUCAUACUCUUUGCUUGCUUCUUCGGGUACAGGAGACGACACCGGAAGAAAAACCUCCCUCUUACGGACUCUCUCUCUCCACCACAGCCAGAUAUGUCUCACGCACCCGCAGGAUGUUCCAGUAUUACUCCAUUCAUCAUUGGAGACCCGUCAGGCUUGUUUAUGGGGCCAAUCUUGGGGAAAUGCACAACACAUGGGAAUGGGCAGGGCGUCGAUGGAGAUCCCGGCAGCUCGGUCCCAGAGGCGGUUGCGCUACAUUGUGCACAGGUUCCAUUUUCUGCUGGUGGGAGACAGAAGAGUCACAGUGA